CUUUAAUUGUGGUAGAGAGUGAAAGAGAGAUCAGAUCAUCAUCACCAUCAACAUCUCCCACUCUGUCAUGCACUGAUGCAUUAAUGCAACUGGGAGAGGGAGCAUUGCGAGGAUUAUCGUCCUCGAAAUCACUCCAUUGGUUUCGACGCUACUCUCAGUGGCGAUCAGGAAGGAAUUAAUUGAAAUCGAUUGCAGUAAAUCGCCGCACAACCAGUCUGGGAAUUGCAAAUUUCGUUUUCAAUUUCUUCCACGAGCGAUUUGUUGUUUUCUCACUAUAUGGCGGUGCGUUGGAUCUGUUUUCCUGUUCAGAAAAUUUGACUGCUGCCGCCGAUAAGAGCUGUGGGUUUGUGGGGUUUCAGGAUAUUUUGCCUCGGUAAUCGCCACCGCCUCGCAGAGCGAAUUUGGACAAGCUCAGAGUCUUGUUGUUCAUACACUCAAAUUUUCUCUCUCUAUGAGCUGUCAUUAGUAUCGGCACAGGAGACAAAUUCCGUUGCCAGAUGGUGAAAUGCCCCUUACACGAUUUGGUGCUGUCUUCGUCCGCCAUCAUCAUCAUCACACUACUAUUGUUGUUGAACUUGAGCUCUGCUGAUACUCUUCUUCUUCAUCUUCUUCUUGCUGCCGCUGCUGGUUUUGUUGGAGCUUUUGUAAUAGGAAUCUGCUUCGUUCUCGGCGUGAAGAUUGAUAUCUGUGAGCUAUGGAUAUCAAUCUUAUCUUAACUGCAUCAUCAAAACCCCAAACAGAUCAUCUCCUGAAGAAAUUCCACCGAGUUCCUGUGCUGGAGUUGGCUUCAAUCUGCAUCAAUUUGACUCUGAUUAUCGUGUUCCUAUCCAUCGUAUCUGCAAGACAGGUUGUUCUUUGUUUCGGUCGCAUUAGGAAGGAUUCGAAUGGGAAUACUCCCACCGCGAGGCGUAGAGUAGUCGAUGGUGAGGGAAUCCAGAACCUUGUGAUCGGUAAUGGCUACAAAGCUUCUCUUAUUUGCUGCUUCUACCUUCUAUUAGUGCAAGUUUCAUUGUUGGUGUUCGAUGGAGUUCAUUUGAUAAAGAAGUCGAAGAAUAACGAGACACAUUGGACUAUAAUACUGUUUCCUGUAGCUCAAAGUUUAGCUUGGUUUGUUCUUAGCUUUGCAGCCCUUUACUGUAAAUACAAGGUUGCUGAGAAGUAUCCAUUGUUGUUGAGGAUAUGGUGGAUUUCAUCUUUCGGCAUUUGUUUGUCGAUUCUGUAUUCGGAUGUUCGAGAAUUCGUGGCCCAUGGAUUGAGCCAUAUGAAUUCUCAUUGCUUGUCGAAUGUGGCUGCUGCUCCAGCUCUUGCAUUUCUAUGUAUUGUUGCUAUCAAGGGUGCCACAGGAAUUCGAGUGGAUCGGAAUUCGGAUCUUCACGAUCCAUUGCUGCUUGAGGAAGAAGAAGCCGGGUGCCUUAAGGUUACUCCUUACAGUGAAGCCGGGCUCUUCAGUUUGGUUACACUUUCUUGGUUGAAUCCUCUUCUAUCAGUCGGGGCGAAGAAAGCACUUGAAUUGAAGGAUAUCCCAUUGCUCGCGCCAAGAGAACGAUCCAAGACAAACUACAAGGCGUUGAACUCGAAUUGGGAGAAGUUAAAGGCUAGGACAAGUGCUCCGAACCGGCCGUAUUUAGCUUGGGCGAUCUUCAAGACUUUCUGGAAAGAGGCUGCCUGCAAUGCUAUAUUCGCCGGUGUGAGUACGUUAGUUUCGUAUGUGGGGCCGUACCUGAUCAGUUACUUUGUCGAUUACCUCGGAGGCAGGAAUACUUUCCCGCACGAGGGGUACAUUCUUGCUGGAAUUUUCUUUUCGGCGAAGUUGGUGGAGACUUUAACUACCCGACAAUGGUAUCUUGGGGUCGACAUUAUGGGCAUGCAUGUGAGGUCAGCUCUAACGGCCAUGGUGUACCGUAAGGGGCUAAGACUUUCGAGCUCCGCUCGACAGAGUCAUACCAGCGGCGAGAUUGUUAAUUACAUGGCGGUUGAUGUACAGAGAGUCGGAGACUAUUCGUGGUAUCUACACGACAUAUGGAUGCUUCCUCUCCAAAUUAUCCUUGCUCUCGCGAUUUUGUACAAGAAUGUUGGAGUUGCAUCCGUUGCGACGCUCGUCGCCACCAUUAUAUCGAUCGUUGCGACAGUUCCACUGGCGAGAGUUCAGGAAGAUUACCAGGACAAGUUAAUGGCAGCUAAAGACGAUAGGAUGAGGAAGACGUCUGAAUGCCUCAGGAAUAUGAGGAUUCUAAAGUUGCAAGCGUGGGAGGAUAGAUACAGACUGAAGCUCGAAGAGAUGCGCGGCGUGGAGUUCAAGUAUCUUAAGAAAGCUCUUUAUUCGCAGGCUUUCAUCACGUUUAUUUUCUGGAGCUCUCCUAUAUUUGUUUCGGCUGUUACAUUCGGCACUUGCAUUUUGUUGGGCGGUCAGCUGACAGCCGGCAGUGUUCUUUCUGCUUUGGCUACUUUCCGCAUCCUGCAAGAACCACUAAGAAAUUUCCCCGACUUGGUUUCGAUGAUGGCUCAGACUAAAGUCUCGCUUGAUCGAAUCACGGGAUUCUUGCAAGAGGAAGAGCUGCGGGAAGAUGCAACCAUCACCUUACCGCAGGGUUCUUCAAAUGUGGCCAUCGAAAUCAAAGAUGGAGAAUUUUGCUGGGAUCCAUCUUCGGCGAACCCGACGCUCUCGGGCAUACAGUUAAGGGUCGAGAAGGGAAUGCGUGUAGCUGUGUGCGGCGUCGUUGGCUCCGGGAAAUCGAGUUUCCUUUCUAGCAUCCUCGGAGAGAUCCCGAAAAGCAAUGGUGAAGUGAGAAUAUGUGGUUCGGCAGCGUACGUCCCUCAAUCUGCUUGGAUACAGUCGGGAAAUAUAGAGGAAAAUAUCCUCUUUGGAAGUCCGAUGGAUAAGGCCAAAUAUAAGAGUGUCAUUCAUGCAUGUUCGUUGAAAAAAGAUUUGUUGCUAUUCUCGCAUGGCGAUCAAACGAUUAUUGGUGAUAGAGGCAUAAAUCUCAGUGGUGGACAGAAGCAACGUGUGCAGCUUGCUCGGGCAUUGUAUCAUGAUGCUGACAUUUAUCUGCUGGAUGAUCCUUUUAGUGCAGUCGAUGCACACACCGGUUCCGAAUUGUUUAAGGAGUACAUACUGACGGCGCUAGCAACAAAGACCGUCGUCUAUGUCACUCAUCAAGUUGAUUUUUUGCCGGCUGCUGACUUGAUCUUGGUUCUGAAGGAAGGUCGAAUCGUUCAAGCUGGAAUCUACGAGGAGCUUUUGCAAGCAGGCACAGAUUUCAGCACAUUAGUAUCUGCACAUAAUGAAGCCAUCGAAUCUAUGGAUUUUUGCAGCCAAGCCUUGGAAGACUCGGAUAAAAGUGAUCCUCUUCGUGACUCCAUUUGUAUGAGUAAUAAGUGCGAUUCGGUUAACGACAUCACCAGCAUGGCUAAUGAGUCUCGUAAAGAAGCAUCGACUUCGGACCAGAAAGCAAUUAAAGAGAAAAAGAAAUCUAAACGUUCCAAGAGAAAGCAGCUCGUACAGGAAGAGGAACGGGAGCGUGGACGAGUUAGCAUGAAAGUAUACUGGUCGUACAUGACGGCCGCUUAUAGGGGAUUGUUGAUUCCGUGCAUCAUCCUUGCGCAAACGCUCUUUCAGAUCCUUCAGAUCGCCAGCAGUUGGUGGAUGGCGUGGGCGAGUCCGCAGACCGCCGGCGACGAGGCUAAAACCACCAAUGUGGUGCUUAUUGUCGUUUAUUUGGUUCUUGCUUUUGGAAGCGCCUGUUUCAUAUUUGUCAGGGCUGUUCUUGUCGCCACAUUCGGCCUUGCAGCUGCGCAAAAGCUGUUUCUGAAAAUGCUCAGGACGGUUUUCCGAGCUCCAAUGUCUUUCUUUGAUUCUACUCCUGCUGGCCGCGUACUAAAUCGGGUUUCGAUUGAUCAAAGUGUCGUUGAUCUUGAUAUUCCGUUUAGACUCGGGGGGUUUGCUUCCACGACUAUUCAGCUUCUCGGCAUUGUCGGCGUUAUGACGCAAGUAACUUGGCAAAUUUUGCUUCUCGUAAUUCCGAUGGCAAUUGCGUGCUUGUGGAUGCAGAAGUACUAUAUGGCUUCCUCCCGAGAACUUGUCCGUAUCGUUAGCAUUCAAAAGUCUCCGGUAAUUCAUCUGUUUGCUGAAUCGAUUGCUGGAGCUGCUACGAUUCGAGGCUUUGGGCAAGAAAAGCGGUUCAUGAAAAGAAAUCUUUAUCUUCUCGAUUGCUUCGCUCGUCCGUUCUUUUGCAGCGUUGCAGCUAUUGAAUGGCUUUGUUUACGCAUGGAAUUGCUCUCGACAUUUGUAUUCGCUUUCUGCAUGAUCUUGCUCGUGAGCUUCCCGCACGGAACCAUAGAUCCGAGUAUGGCAGGCCUUGCUGUGACGUACGGCCUUAAUUUGAACGCACGCUUAUCACGGUGGAUACUGAGCUUUUGCAAGCUCGAAAACAAAGUCGUUUCCAUAGAACGGAUUCAUCAGUACUGCCAAAUACCGAGCGAAGCGCCGGCAUAUAUUCAGGAAUCACGCCCCGCAUCCACAUGGCCUGAAAAUGGCCAAAUCGAACUGAUCGAUUUAAAGGUUCGAUAUAAGGAGAGUCUUCCUGUUGUUCUCCAUGGUGUCUCCUGCAUCUUUCCUGGUGGGAAGAAAAUUGGAAUUGUCGGUCGCACCGGAAGCGGCAAAUCAACGUUGAUCCAAGCUUUAUUCCGGUUGAUUGAACCGGCAGGUGGGAAGAUAAUUAUCGACGACAUUGACAUAGGGACAAUAGGUCUUCAUGACCUCCGCAGCCGGCUUAGCAUCAUACCUCAAGAGCCUACGCUAUUUGAAGGAACCAUUAGAGGCAACCUCGACCCGCUCGAGGAGCAUUCUGAUCCCGAACUUUGGCAGGCUCUCGAGAAAUCUCAGCUGGGAGAUAUAGUUCGACAGAAAGAGCACAAACUAGAUUCGCCAGUUUUAGAGAACGGCGAUAAUUGGAGCGUUGGCCAGCGGCAGCUAUUGUCCCUUGGCAGGGCUUUGCUCAAACAGUCGAGGAUUUUGGUGCUCGACGAAGCGACUGCCUCAGUCGACUCGGCGACAGACAACCUCAUUCAAAAGAUAAUAAGAACUGAGUUCAAGAACUGCACCGUCUGCACCAUCGCUCAUCGCAUUCCUACUGUUAUUGACAGCGACCUCGUCUUGGUCCUCAGUGAUGGUCGGGUUGCCGAGUUCGACACUCCGUCCCGACUACUAGAGGACAAGUCCUCCAUGUUCCUCAAGCUUGUCUCGGAAUACUCGUCACGGUCAAGUGGGAUUCCCGACUUCUGAUCCAUUCCGUUUGGUUAUACGCACGCCGAAACUCCCGGCGGGAUCAACAAGCUCGCCGGGAGGCAGCUGCUGCAGUGGCGGUUGUCUGGCUACUAACGGUGCAUUUCCGAGACCAUAAAAAAGAGCAGUGAAGGGAGCCGGUGAUACGAAUGAAUCCUGUCCACCGCCGACGACGAGUGAGUUGAAAUCGAAGAUGGAAUGGCGAGGCCUAUCGACGCUGCCGACGACGACGGCGGCGGCUUCCGGCCGGCUUCAAUUUGCCGAUAAAGAGUUAUGGAAAUGGUGGAGGGGAGGGGAAUGGGUAAUGUAUGAAGGAUAUAGGCUUUGGUAAUUUAGAUGCAAUGUUGCAGAACUGUACUCUUUUAACUCUUCUCGGCCAUAACCAUUCCAUUGCUCCAAAAUGAUUGAUUAUAUUAUAUGCAUCUUUAAUUAUGUA